AUGCCGGAUAGUCCGAAACUCGAUAAAGAAGCUGCCACAAAGUGGCUCGAAGCUUUUCACCGCGCGAGCGCUACUCUAGACGCCGACAAAUGGCUUGACGAGUUUAUGACCGAUGAUGUGGAAAUGCAAUAUGCCAAUAGCCCGGUGAUCAAAGGCGAUGAGGUGCGACUCAUGUUCAAGAAUGUACUCGGCCAGUUGGACAUCAUGACACAUGAGAUCCGUUACUUUGACUACGUCGCCCCUCGAAUUUAUCAAGCUGCGACCAUCCGAUAUCUCGUCAAAGGAGACAACCCGGAUACCGAUGUGAUCACAAUUCCAGGAUUUGCUGUCUUCGCUGUUCGGGAGGACGAUCUGGGGCGGGUUAAGUGCUACCGGGCAGAGACAUUCUUGGACCCUUCGGCCGUGUUUCAAAGGAUCGCUGAGAAAAACACCCAGCCAUAG